AGAAUCUUUGGUCGUUCCUAAUGUAUCUGUGACCCUCUAUAAAUAUAACCUACUAUUUUCAUUAUUCCUGUUCCUUUAUCGACGGACAAGGCAGCGAGGGACGAAUUGCUCGGAGCUCUGGAGCUAGAUCCGAAUUGGGCUAGCAAGCUGUACUGCCCCUCCCUUCGAUAAUCAAGCUCGAAGUCCGUAAGGUGAACAUUUCCCAAAUUCCCAAUUCCCAAUUCGUGGCUCGUGGAAUCAGGCAGAAGCUUCAUUGUCUUCUACUCCCAAGUCCUCAAUCCCUCACUCUUUAUAAAACCUCCCCCCUUCCCCUCCAUCAACCCAAAGACGUACCCAACACUUCCUUCCCCUCCUCUUCCCCACCAUCACAUCAUCCUCCCAAGACAUCCUCAGUCGCAUACGACACACGCCUCCCCACCACCAUGGACCAAGCCGCCCGCGGCGCAACCGCGCUGGCCAACAGCAACUACGACGAAGCCAUCAAAGAAUACACCUCCGCCAUUGGCGUCAACCCCUCCGCCGCACGGUACUACAUCCAGCGCUCCACCGCCUACCAACGCUCCUCCCGGUACGCAGACGCCCUCGCCGACGCCGAAACCGCCGCCUUCCUCGCAUACAAACGCGCGAGUCGCGACCUCAUAAAGGACGCCCAGCUGCGGCGCGGCAUAGCGCUGUACUUCACUGAGCGGUACGCCGACGCCAAGUUCGUGCUGGACAUCGUGCGGAAGAUGGACGACAAGGAGAAGAGUCUCGCGAUAUGGGAGUCGAAGGUUAGCAAGAAGCUGGAGGGACUGGAGGAAGGUGAUGAGCGAGGGAAGCUCACGGCGAAGGAGAAGCCCGAGGUGGAAGAUCCUAGUGAGAAGAAGAAGACGGCUUCGACUGCUGCCUCGUCAGUGAACGCGGUGAAGGAGGAGAAGGCGGCUGUUGCGCCGGCCCCUGUCGUUCCCACGCCUCCCAGCAAGAUAAAGCACGAUUGGUACCAGAACAAUGAGAACGUGUACUUCACGCUCCUCGCGAAGGGCGUACCCAAGGAAAGCGCGACAGUCGAUAUCGCGAACACCUCGCUGUCGAUAUCUUUCCCCGCCCCGGGAGGCUCUGAGUUUGCCUAUUCCGUCGAGCCCUUGUGGGCCGAGAUCGACCCUUCACAGUCGUCGUUCACCAUUAAGGCCACAAAGAUCGAGGUCACACUUAAGAAGGCGGCUCCGGGGAUUAAGUGGCAUGCCCUCGAGGGCGACAGCGACGCACUUCCUGCCACUACUAACGCCGCAGACACCAACAAAUCCACGAUACCCCUCCACAUCCUCAAGUCCAACACCCAAGACAAACCCCCUGCAUACCCGACCUCCUCCCGAAAAGGCGCGAAGAACUGGGAUAAGCUCGCCGCCGACCUGACCAAAAAGAAGGCCAAGGACGAUGAUACCACCACAAAGGGCGACGAUGACGACGAUGCCGGUGUGGACGACUACGAGGAGGGCGAUGAGACGAGUCGGUUCUUCAAGCAUCUGUACAAGGAUGCCACCCCGGACCAGCAGCGCGCCAUGAUGAAGAGCUACCAAGAGAGCGGAGGUACUGUCCUCAGCACCGACUGGUCGCAAGUCGGGAGCAAGACGAUCGUGCCCGAGCCGCCCGAGGGCAUGGAGGCGAAGAAGUACUAGGUCGGGUCGCCUAAAUAGACAUCGACAUCGACCUCUAGAUCUGAUUUACAGGGGAGGCAAACACCUUUUAUCGACGAUGUAUGUUGAUAUGAUUUCACUGAAUUACCUUUCAUUUUCGCAAGGCGAUGAAUGCAUGUAUGCAUGCAUGUACGCACCACGAGCGAGGGAUAAAAGAUCACCACCACGAUAACAACGGGAGCCUGGGAUCGAGGAAAAUAUCACGCUUUGUAUUUGCCUGCAACG